AUGGGAAAGGUUCACGGAUCUCUUGCCCGUGCCGGCAAGGUUAAGGCUGCUACGCCCAAGGUCGAGAAGCAGGAGAAGGCUAAGAACCCCAAGGGCCGCGCCUACAAGCGUGUCCUCUACACCCGUCGGUUCGUCAACGUCACCCUGACCGGUGGCAAGCGCAAGAUGAACCCCGCUCCUUCUUCUUAA